AUGAGCUCAUCAGAUUCUGAAAAUGUGUAUGCGAGUUCCAGCGAAGGAGAGGAGGAAACGCCGUCUGUCUCCAGGGGAGGAGGCGGGGGGAAGCGCGCCAAGAAAACAAUAGAAGAGCGGUAUCAAAAGAAGUCGCAGCUGGAGCAUAUACUGUUGCGUCCAGAUUCAUACAUUGGUAGUACAGAGAUAAGCUCACAGCAAGUAUGGGUGAUGCCUGAGGGGGAGAUGAGGAUGCAGCAACGUGUAAUAUCUUUUCCUCCUGGUUUAUAUAAAAUAGUUGAUGAAAUAUUAGUUAAUGCUGCAGAUGUAAAAGCAAGAGAAACAGAAACAAACGCCACACCCAGAGCCAGAAUGACCGCCAUUAAGGUUACCGUUGAUCAGACCCAGGGCACCAUCAAGGUCUGGAACGAUGGAGAGGGUAUCCCUGUGGCUAUUCAUAAAGAACACAAGGUAUAUGUAGCUGAGCUUAUAUUUGGUCAACUCCUUACAAGCGAUAACUAUGAUGAUACAGAGGCACGCGUCACCGGGGGCCGCAACGGCUUCGGCGCGAAACUAACAAAUAUUUUCUCUUCUUAUUUUGAGGUCGAGUGUGCAGAUAGCAAACGCAAACAGAAGAUAAAAGUUGUAUGGACGGAGAAUAUGAGUAAACAAGAGCCAGCUGUAAUAACUCCUUUUAAUGGUGCUGGUGAUUUCGUCUCUGUUAAAUUCAAACCCGAUCUUCGUCGUUUUGGGAUGUCUGCACUGGAUGACGACUUGGUGUCGCUGCUGCGCAAGCGGUGCUUCGAUUUGGCGGGGACAGCGGGGACUGCAGUAUACUGGAACGGGACGCGGCUGCCAGUGAGGAGUUUUGUAGACUAUGUGGAUUUGUACUUAGGGGAGGGGGCAGGAAAGAAACGGGGGGGUAAAGGCAAGGGGAAGAAGAAAGGGAAAAAGAAGGGCUCAGAUGUAGCGCGGCUGCCAGUGAGGAGUUUUGUAGACUAUGUGGAUUUGUACUUAGGGGAGGGGGCAGGAAAGAAACGCGGGGGUAAAGGCAAGGGAAAGAAGAAAGGGAAAAAGAAAGGCUCGGAUGUAGACAGCAGUGAUGACUCAGAUGCAGAUGAAGGAGAAAAAGAAAACGGAAUAGAACAAAAAGAUGAUGAAGAUAAAGAAAAUGAAACUCCACCAGAAAAACAAAUCAUCAAAAUCCAUGAAAAAAUGCACAGAUGGGAAGUUGUCAUCAGCCAAACAGAUGGCAGCUCAUUCUCCCAGGUUUCCUUCGUCAAUAGCAUCUGCACAACCAAGGGCGGCCACCACGUGACCCACGUCAUAGAGCCUCUGUUGGCGGCUCUGGUGAAGAAAGCGAAUGCAAAAAACAAAGGAGGCAUGGAGAUUAAACCUCCCCACUGUUGGCGGCUCUGGCAACACCUUUGGGUGUUUGUUAAGUGUCUUAUUGAGAACCCCGCGUUCGAUUCACAGACUAAGGAAACCUUAACCACCACAGUAUCCCGCUUCGGCAGCAAGUGCACUCUUUCUGAAAGAACAAUUAACGCCGUCGCAAAAUCCCCCAUACUGGAGGGGGUACUCUUAUGGGCUCAAACGAAGGCGCAGGUUGAACUGAGACGGCAAAUGUCAGUAGGAAAGACAAAGGGCAGAGAACGGCUGACAGGCAUUUCCAAGCUAGAGGAUGCAAAUGAAGCGGGUGGCCGGUAUGCCCAGGAGUGCACGCUGAUCCUGACAGAGGGUGACAGUGCCAAAACUUCUUGUCUCGCGGGGCUUUCGGUUGUGGGGCGAGAGAAAUACGGCGUGUUUCCUCUGAGGGGGAAGCUGCUGAACGUGCGGGAAGCAUCCUUCAAGCAGUUGAAAGAAAAUCGCGAAAUCCAAAACAUUUUGAGGAUCCUUGGGCUUCAGAUUAACGACAAAGUGCAAGAUACCCGGGGUCUGCGCUACGGCUCGCUGAUGAUUAUGACAGAUCAAGUUUCUAAGGGCUCAGUUGAAAAGGCAUUUUUCACUCUUGUCGAAUACGACAUGUGGAGAAAGCAGGCGGGAAAUCUUUCCGGGUGGAAAAUAAAGUACUACAAAGGUUUGGGUACCUCGACAGAUAGGGAGUUCAAGGAUUAUUUUCAGGCUCUUGAUAAACACCGAAUUAAGUUCCGAUGGACAGGCAGUGGAGAUGGGGAGCUAAUUGACAUGGCGUUUAGCAAGAAGCGGGCAGAGGACAGAAAGCGUUGGCUGCAGGGUUACAGAGAAGGAACCUUUGUUGACCAUUCUAUGCGAGAGUUGACGUUUUCAGAUUUUGUAAAUAAAGAACUGGUUCAGUUUUCGCGAUAUGACAAUGAACGCUCCAUCCCUCAGCUUGUAGACGGAUGGAAAGUCGGGCAACGUAAAGUGCUGUUUGCGGUCUUCAAAAAAAACACAAAAGCCGAGAUGAAAGUGGCGCAGCUUUCGGGAUACGUUGCGGAGCAGAGCGCCUACCACCAUGGAGAGCAGUCACUGCAGCAAACUAUCAUCACCAUGGCGCAGCGGUUUGUAGGCAGCAACAACCUUAACUUUCUGGAGCCAGUAGGACAAUUUGGCUCUCGAAAAGAAGGAGGAAAAGAUGCCUCUGCCCCCCGUUACAUCUUCACCAAGCUUGCACCCUACACGCGGCUUGUCUUCCCCGAGGCAGACGACCCUUUGCUUGAAUACCUUUAUGAAGAGGGACAGAAAAUUGAACCCAAGUACUAUGUACCCGUCAUCCCAACUAUACUUGUCAAUGGCAGUGAAGGCAUUGGUACGGGAUGGUCUUCGUUUAUUCCGAACUUCAAUCCUAGGGAUAUUAUCUCGAACUUAAAAAGAUUUAUUGCGGGAGAGGAAAUGGUUCGCAUGAAGCCCUGGUAUCGCGGGUUUAAAGGCAUUAUUGAGGAAAACGCAACAAAGACGGCGUUUGAAACCAUCUCGAACUUAAAAAGAUUUAUUGCGGGAGAGGAAAUGGUUCGUAUGAAGCCCUGGUAUCGCGGGUUUAAAGGCAUUAUUGAGGAAAACGCAACAAAGACGGCGUUUGAAACCAUAGGCCUUAUCGAGAAACAGGGGGAGGAUGUUGUAGAGAUAAGUGAGCUUCCGAUCAAGCGAUGGACACAAGACUACAAAGAGUGGCUUGAAGAGCAGCUUCCAACUCCGGACAAGAAAGACCCGUGGAUAUCAGACUUCAGGGACAGCAGCAGCCACGAAGACAUUAAGUUCGUCGUUAAGCUUGCAGCAGAAAAACUUGAAGGAGCGGAUCACGAAGCUUUGGUGAAACUAUUCCGUCUCAAGUCUUCUUUAAGUACACAAAACUAUCACCUUUUCAACGCUGACGGGAAGGUUCAGAAAUACGCCGACGAGCUGGAGAUCAUGAAGGACUUUGCUGCCAUUCGUCUGACGUUCUAUGAGAAACGUAAAGCAUAUCUUAUUGCCGUUUCGGAGAAAGAGAAGUCUAUUCUCCACAAUAGAGUCCGCUUCAUCACCUCUGUCCUGUCGGGAGGGUUGAUUGUUAGCAAUAAGCGCCGCCAAGUCUUGAUAGAAGAACUAUUCGCCAAGGCAAGCGGCACUGCAUGA